AUGGCUUCAGCAGAGGAACUGAGAAAGGAAGGUAAUACUGCUUUUACGGCAGGGCGUUACCAGGAGGCGCUGACGCUUUACGAGCAAGCCAUUACAUUGGACGCAGACAAUGUUGAUCUUCUUAACAACGCCGCGGCAGCCAGUCACGCGCUGGAGAAGUAUGAUGACGCCAUUGCCUACGCGAGACGAUCUUUGUGUGUCCGCGACAACUUUAAGGCGCAUACACGUGUGGGGGCAGCACUGUGGGCCUUAAACCGAAUCCCUGAAGCCUCAAUGGAGUACGAACGUGCGGCAGCAUUGUCGCCCGGGAAUCCAAGUGUCGAACAGAGCCGACAGACACUGUUACGAUUGCUGCAAAGCUCCUUGGGGGGCGGCGGUGCCACGUAUCCUCCCAGUUCCACUGGGAAGCUAGGGGUGUGCCUCGACGUUGCCGCCGUGGCAAUCGCCGUAUUGACCAUGUUUUCGCUGUUUUUUAUGCCCAAGCUAGCUGGAAAUAUGUGGAUGGCAUUAAUGACGGUGACCGUUGCGCAACAGGCAAGCAUUGCAAGCUCACAAGGUCUCCUUCGGGCGUCUAAGGAAGCCCUCUUGAAAUGGGCUGAUCACCGCUGUACACUGGAAUUGUUGCUUUGUCUCGUUGCUUUACUUUCCGGGGUGGGGCCGCAGAUGCUUCUGGUGGGCUCACUAGGAGUCUAUAGUGCGGUAAGUCUGGCCGCGAAUCACACAACACUAUCAAACAUGUCACCGACUCUGUAUCGCCUCUGUUCAUCGUAUCUUCAGAGUAUUUUAACUGAGCGAGCCAUGGUUGCCAACUAUGCUGCAACCCUGGAGGCUAUCAUGCUCUUCACCGUCAUGUUCUCAGGUGGAGCCAUUUUUACUCUUGCUUACAUUCAGUACGUUAAGAAUAUAUAUCGGAUUGACAGCAACACAAAAAUCGCGUUUACAGGUCUGCGAAUGAACCUCUCACGUAUUACCCGUCACCCAUACAUGCCUCUGUUUGUGGAUACCUAUAUGCAGAAGUUUUGUGAUUUGAUUUACACGCUUUCCCAACAGGCCUUUUAG